AUGACGGACUUCACUACUCUCCCUGAAAGGGUCCUGCAUAUGAUAUUAUCAUAUCUCGACGGUUACUACCGUUGUGUCGAUCUUUGUGCGCUUUCUCAGGUCAAUCGUCGCUUUUAUGCGAUCGCCAGUAAGGAACUUGACCACCAUCUACGUCGUAUCCUUCGCACGGUAAGUCGGGAGUGGCCAUUUGAGGAUGGCCCGGAUAGAAUCGAGCUUACAGCUCUUGCGUGGGCUGCAGAGAAUGGGAAAGAAGAUUCCGUGAGAAGGUUGCUUAAAGCAAAAAUGCCAGUCCAUCUCGACAAAUUUCACGAUCGCCCAAUUGAUACUGCUAUCGAAGAUGGACACGCAAACAUCAUGAAAGCUUUCAUCGACUAUGGAGAGGAUAACGGCAUCAUAGCAGAUCAUAAAAGGAUCCAAAGUUUAUUAACGGAUGCCAUAUACCUUGGGCAUGAGUCUGUUGUUAGACUGUUGAUCGAUAAUGGACCUAGGUUAGACCCAGAAGCUUUCUCAGGGAGUCAGCCAUUGUCUCUUGCAACAGAAAAAGGUCAUGUGUCCGUGGUGAAACUACUCCUUGACAAUGGGUGUGAUCCACUCACACCUAACGGCAUUUCUUGGGAUCGUCGUCCGAGCUCCGCAUGGACGGUAGCUGUAAGUUCGAACUUGGAAAUUCUCCAGAUGUUCAUCGCGAACUUGAAUGGCGUAGAGGCCAUUUUUCCAGGUCCUCUGUCUGGUGUUUCUGAUGGUGAGGAGGUUGAUGAGGAAGUUGCACCAGCUGCGUGGCCCUUGGGAGCAGCACUAGCGCAUGAUAAAAUUGAACUUGUCAAAUUUCUCUAUGAUCACAGCCCUGAGUUCAAAGUGCCAUCUCCUUCAUGCUCUGGAUCUGUUCAUUGUUACAUGAAACCCGGCAAUUAUUAUUUUGAUGUUAGUCGCGCCAUCGGAGAAUACCCUCAAGCGCUUGACUUUCUGCUUGAGAGUCUUGAUCUAGACGCUGCUAUCGAUGGGAAGGACCUGCUGCCAAUUGAAUCAUUGAUGAAAGGUGCGGCAAAUGGAGGGAAUGAAUGUACGAUGAAACUUAUGCUGGAAAGCUGCCUCCAUAUUGCCGUUGAACAUGGCCAUAUCAAUAUUGUGAAUAUGUUACUCGAUUAUGGAGUAAAGCCAGGAGUCAACCCUCUUGAGGAGGCAAUCAGCAAAGGCUAUAUCGAUAUGUUGAAGUUGAUGUUCGAUCGAGUAACAGAUCCGGCCCCAGAUGAAGAUGUUGAUCUUUUGAGCUUCGCCGUCUCUGAGAUUUUCCCGUAUUUUGAAAGCAUAUCCACCCCUGGAAACAUGUCCAUCAUUCGACUUCUAGCGGAGCGUGAUAAGCCUGAACCUGAUUUGGAGAUGAAGCCAGAGCCAUGGUUUAUUUAUGUCAUGGCAGAUCUAGCUAAUCUCCCGACGGAGCUAGUGCCAAUAGUUCUAGCCAAUCUCAACGGCUAUCAUCGAUCCACCGAUCUCUGUGCGCUCUCUCAGACGAAUCGCCGCUUUUAUGCUAUUGUCACCGAAGAACUGAGCCGCCACCUGCGUGAUGUCUUUCCGCCAAACAUAGAUGACUUCGAGUACACCGUCCUACGAAAAUGCGCCCAACAUGGCAAAGAAGAAUGUGUCAAGAAGCUGCUCCGCGCAGGGAUUCGAGAGCUAAUAAGCCCCGCUGACUUCUUUCAAAUUCACCCAAUCAACAUGGCGGCCAGAAUGGGCCAUGCCAACCUCGUCAAAAAUGUUUUCCACCAUUGA